AUGUCUGAUAGUAAGCAUAGACAUAAAUCUGUAUUAAAAAAAACUGAUGAAGAAUUAUUAACUGAUGAUUUAACUCAUCAAUUAGCGCUUCAUACACGGCAAGGUCAUAAUAAAUUUUUAUCCGAAUCAAUAAUUCCAUUAAUGUUAUGUUUUGCAUGUCCAUUUUUUGUUCGAUCAAUUGUUUUUAUAUGUGAUCAUUGUCAUGGUUCAAUACAUGAAUUUUUACAACGUCUUCUAUUCGAUCAUACAUUAACAUUAAAAGAUGUAUUAGAAAAUUUCUUUUUCUUUAAAUGGCAUUGGCCAUCAGCUAUAAUUAUUAUAGGUUUUUUAAUUUAUGCGAUUAUUAUGACUAUGUUAUUACCUGGUGAUGAAUAUCAAGGUCCAAUAACUGAUACAGGACAUAUACCAAUUUAUCGAAAUAAUGGUUUUUGUUAUUAUAUUGUUUCAUUAAUUAUAUUUACUAUAUUAACAGUUGUAUUAAAAUUAAAUAACCUUUCUCCUACAUAUAUUUACGAUCAAUGGGAUGCAUUUCUAUCAACUGUUAGUACAUUUGCUUUUCUAUUAUGUUUUUGUGUUAUGAUUAAAGGUAAAUAUAUGCCAUCAACAAAUGAUCAUCGAUCGUCAUCAAAUUGGUUAACAGAUUUUUAUCGUGGAGUCGAACUUUACCCAAGAAUAUUUAAUAUAGAUGUUAAACUUAUUACAAAUUGUCGAUAUGGAAUGUUAUCAUGGGCACUUUUAUCUGUUAUAUUUUGUAUGAAAACAUUUGAACUUUAUGGUUAUACAGAUAGUGCCUUAAUUACAUGUAUUUUAACACUUGUUUAUUUAACAAAAUUUUUUUGGUGGGAAUCAGGUUAUAUGAAAACAAUUGAUAUUAUUGUUGAUCGUGCUGGUUUUUAUUUAUGUUGGGGUUGUCUUGUAUGGGUUUCUGGUAUUUAUACUCUACCAUCUUAUUUUCUUGUUACACAUCCUAAACAACUUGGUUUUCAAUUAACAAUAUUGAUACUUACAUUAGGUCUUCUUUCAAUAUAUAUUAAUUAUGAUUGUGAUCGACAAAAAAUUCAGGUUCGAUCUACACAUGGAAAAUGUUUAAUAUGGGGUAAACCAGCUAAAAUUAUUCGAGCUAAAUAUCGUUUAUUAAACGGAAAAGAAUCUGAAAGUAUUUUACUUGCAUCUGGUUAUUGGGUUUUAUCACGACAUUUUCAUUAUAUACCUGAAUUAGCAUUAGCUUUUCUUUGGACAUGUCCAUGUGGUUUUCAAUAUAUUCUACCGUAUUUUUAUGUCAUUAUUUUAUUUAUUUUAUUAAUGCAUCGUGCACAUCGUGAUGAUCAAAGAUGUCGAUUAAAGUAUGGUGAUUCAUGGAUAAAAUAUUGUGAUUUAACACCAUGGAAAGUAUGGCCUAAACUUUAUUAA